AUGCCAAAGCAGAGUGUUUUGUCUUUAGUCAGAUUGGCUCCAUCAGUUUGUAUUUCCUUCUGAAUGGAUAAUAAAGUAGAGAAUCAUUUCAAGGCAAGGAGUGUUGAUGUGUGAGCAAAGCGGGGAGGCUGCGUGUGAGGAGCCUGGCAGCAAGCAGCUGACGAGGAGGAGUAAAGUAGCAGUAGCUGCACAGCUUUCUCUCUGCCUCUGAAGUACAAUAUUUUCUGUUGAGUCACAACUGAAGACAGAGAUGAAGUUUUUACUGUACUUGGUUGCUGCCUGGGAAAGGGAAAAGAUGCAUUGUGUUGGCGAAUUAAAGAAUUUCUGUUGAGGGAUACUCCUUGAAGCUGACAGGAUUUCUGCAUUUUUUGGCUUUUACUUUCAUUGGCAUCUACUGGUUGUUUUUUUUUCUGCAUUUUUUUUUCUUUUUUCUUUUUGAAUUUUCAGAAGCUGUUUGCUUUUUUUUGUUUUGUUUUGUUUUUUCUUUUUCAAAACAUGCCUUCAACUUUAUACGGUUUCUUGUCAUAGUGCUGCUGUGGAACGGGAUGCUCUCGGUGCCUUCUUACACUGCAUUCACAGAUACCUGAGAUGGGACACCAACAAUAUGUUGAUGAUCUCUGCAGCAAAAGUUCAUUACUUGGUGAACCUUUAACAAGAUUAGGAAUCCUUCAGGACUUGUCUUUUUUAUGAGAACAAGCUGUUGUGUUCUGUUGUUUCUAUUUUAUAGAUUUCCUUUACAUUUUAACGUUUUAUUUUAUUUUGAAGCAGAAAGCUACUUCGUGACAGAAUAAAAACUGGAUGUGAAUUGUGCAUUGGGAAGUGAUUGAUGUGUGCUUGUGCAGAUUGUAGCACUAUGAAAAACACAGGUGCAGCUGCUGAUGAUGUUUGCUAGAAGUAGAUUGAAAAAGCAAGAAAAUGAAAUUGCACUUCUGCAGAGAAAACCUGUUGUAAAACUGUGGGCCAGGAAGCAACUCCGGAAGCAAAGACUCCAGCUGUUUCUACGGGACAAAAUGAAGAGGCUUCUUCAAGGCCAAGCAGAUGAGAAUCCAAACCAUGCUCACCACUGCCAGCUCUCUCCAGUAGAGAUCGAAACGGACAUGUUUGUUUGUGGAAUGAAGAGGAGCUCUGCAAGCACUGAGUUUUCCGCUGCUGGAGGUGACUUCCAUCAGGAUGGACAACAAGAAACCAAGGGCGUGAGUGAAGUGUGUGUUGGUGAGGUGGAACUGAACUGGGAUGGCUAUGUAAAAAUACCAUGCUCACUUCAACAGAACAAGAAGGACUCGGAGGGAAAUUGUACUGGUGGUGUAACACAGACCUCUUCUGAAAGAAAGAGUAGAGUAUCCGGUGGGCAGGACCUUUCUUCUCUGAGCAUAACAAUGAGCUCGAGAGAGAGAGCUGAAAGGCAAGGGUGCUUUCCCCAGCAGAAGCCUGCUGCAUACAAGAGUCACAGAUGGCAAUCAAGAGAUCGCUCAGUAGAUGUGGUUGAUUAUAUUGUCAAAGAGCUUCAGGGAAUAAGUCGCAUCCAGACAGAGAUUGCAGAACUCCGAGAGCACCUCACUUUGAUAAAAGGCUCUGUGGAUGAAGUCUCAAGCUGCGUGGAUACUGUCUUGAGUGAGAUAGAGGGCCUGCAGGGUGGUUCCACUGCCAAAACUUCAGGUACACGUGCUCGGGAGCCAAACAAGGAGGCACACAAGGAAGAACCAGUGUUAUAUUUUUAUGGGAUUCCAGAAAAAGAUGGUGAAAACACAGUAGAGCUUAUCUGCAGCUUCUUAUCUGAGUAUCACUGUUUCAAUGGUAUCCAAUGCAGUAAGUAUAUAAAAGAUGCUUAUAGGUCAGAUAUUGGAAUAGGCAAGUCGUUAACGCCAAGACCAGCAGUUGUGAAACUUGUCAGUUGUGAACAGAGAGACUUUAUUUUACAGAAGUCUGUUAUUCUGCAAAGCUCAGGGGUCUGGAUCACUACCAGUGAAGAGCAAAAGAGGCAAAAUGACCAGAGAGGCUACAAAGCAGAUUCAGUCUCUUUGCAGUCUGGCUUGAAGAAAAAUAAUUGCAAUUCAGUGAAUCUUGAUGCAUCACAGAGUGCUGAUGCAGCUGAGCACCUUCGGACUGACUCAUACCAGGUUAAGAAUAAAAGCACAAGCAGAAAAACACAAUGUGUAGGGGAGAUAUUUGAUUCUGUGCAGAAGUCAACUUUGAGUAAGAAAAGCAACUCAAUAUCUGAAGCUGGGAAGGAAGCACAAACAAUAAGCUGCAAUGAACAGCCUUCAUAUGAGAGUGACUUUCAUAAGGCUCUUCAUGAAACUCCAAAAAGCUCUCCAGAGAUGACCAGUUUGGCCAAACCAAAUGAUGGAAAUUUUUGCUGCUUGUCUGAGUCCUUGGUCCAUGAAAGUCAGGUGUGUGCCUCAAGCAGUGGAGGUGAACACAAGCAUGAUGCUGAGAGUGUCACUGAGAACGGUUCUUCCCUUCUGAGUAAAGACAAAAAUAUAACUGCAGAAAAAAUUGAAGUAGACUGUGAGACCCCAUGCAAAUUUACCAAUGUGGAGAAAGUUGAUACUCCAAGAGAAGAUGUUUCUAGUGGAGUGACAACCAUUAGCUAUGAUCAUACAACGGAUGAACUGGCUGACAGUAGUGACAGCUUGAAAGAUAUGAUCCAAAUGGACCUGAAUGAUCAAGAUCCAACCGAUCAGGUCUUUAGGGAUGUCCUGGAAAAUUCCCAGUAUUUUCUUGAUCAUUCCCGGGAUAACAUUGAUCUUGUAGACAUGAAGUUUUAUACUAAUAAGCUUGGGAAAGCCAUUAAUCACUUCAGGUCUGCUCUGCAAGUGGUGUUUCACAAACUGGAGACAAGCGAUUCUGAAAUGCUUUUGGAAAAUGAUAGUGGCUUACAGAUGGAUGAUGACAAUACACUUACGCUGACCGGUUCAGGUAUGUGUGGCAGCUCUGACAACUUUGCAGAAACCCCUCCAAGUCAGUCCUCUGAAAGCCAAGCAAACACAACUGCCAAUAGUGAAGCGUCUGCUCAAAUGCAAUUUGUUCCUUCCAGUCUUUCCUCUGUUGCAUACGAGCCUCCUGCUUCACGUUUGAUGCCAUCAUCUGACUGUGAAAUUGCUGUUGGGCAGCGUUCACCUCCUGAUGAAAGUGGAGUAGAUGUGAACUCUCUACCUGAGCAAGCAAAAGAGUGCAGGCCCAUGAGCCUUGAAAAGGUGUGUGCAGAGACCAUCUACCUGAACAAGUGCAUCAAUAAUUUCAAAAAUGUACUGAGGGAAAAGAGGCAAAUGCGUAGGAGACUCAUAAAAGAAUUAGCACAGGAAGGAAACUGGAUUUCUGCUGAGGAGACAAAUUCAGAAGGAGGUAGAGGAGAACUCCAGGGUCAAGAUGAGGCUGAUCCCUCAAAACCACCCUGGCUCAAAGGAGGGCCUGCAGGUGGUCUCUAUGGCAUUGACAGCAUGCCUGAUCUACGCAAAAAAAAGCCAAUUCCACUUGUCAGUGAUUUGUCACUGGUUCAGUCCCGGAAAGCCGGAAUUACCUCAGCAAUGGCCACCAGAACAUCUCUCAAAGAUGAAGAGCUGAAAUCUCAUGUCUAUAAGAAGACCUUGCAAGCCUUAAUUUACCCUAUCUCUUGUACAACCCCACACAACUUCGAAGUAUGGACAGCCACAACUCCUACCUACUGCUAUGAAUGUGAGGGGCUGUUGUGGGGUAUUGCACGGCAGGGAAUGCGCUGCGCUGAAUGUGGAGUCAAGUGCCACGAGAAGUGCCAAGACUUGCUCAACGCUGACUGCCUACAGAGAGCAGCAGAGAAGAGCUCAAAGCAUGGAGCUGAGGAUCGAACCCAGAAUUUCAUCAUGGCCAUGAAGGAUCGCAUGAAAAUCCGUGAGCGGAACAAGCCAGAGAUCUUUGACUUGAUCAGAGAUGUGUUCUGUGAGAGCAAAUUGACACAUGCUCAGCAAAUGAAGACAGUGAAGCAAAGCGUGCUUGAUGGCACCUCAAAAUGGUCAGCAAAGAUCACAAUUACAGUGGUGUGUGCUCAGGGUCUACAGGCCAAAGACAAGACUGGUUCCAGCGAUCCGUAUGUAACUGUUCAAGUGGGUAAAACAAAGAAGAGGACAAAAACAAUUUUUGGGAAUUUGAAUCCUGUUUGGGAAGAGAAGUUUUAUUUUGAGUGCCAUAAUUCCUCCGACCGGAUCAAGGUGCGAGUGUGGGAUGAAGACGAUGACAUCAAGUCUCGAGUCAAGCAGAGGCUGAAGCGUGAGUCAGAUGAUUUCCUAGGGCAGACGAUCAUUGAAGUCCGUACAUUGAGCGGAGAAAUGGAUGUGUGGUACAACCUUGAGAAAAGAACAGAUAAGUCUGCAGUGUCUGGGGCUAUCCGUCUGCAAAUCAGUGUGGAGAUCAAAGGCGAGGAGAAGGUGGCUCCAUAUCACAUUCAGUACACUUGCCUUCAUGAGAACCUCUUUCACCAUCUCACAGACGUGCAAGGGAAUGGGGUGGUGAAGAUCCCUGAUGCCAAAGGAGACGAUGCCUGGAAGGUGUAUUUUGAUGAGACAGCCCAAGAGAUCGUGGACGAAUUUGCAAUGCGCUAUGGCAUCGAAUCAAUAUACCAGGCCAUGACGCAUUUUGCUUGUCUUUCUUCCAAAUACAUGUGCCCAGGUGUGCCGGCUGUGAUGAGCACCUUACUUGCCAAUAUCAACGCUUACUAUGCGCACACAACUGCCUCCACAAACGUGUCUGCUUCAGACCGCUUUGCAGCCUCCAAUUUUGGGAAAGAACGAUUUGUUAAGCUACUGGACCAGCUUCAUAACUCACUUCGGAUCGAUCUCUCCAUGUAUAGGAAUAACUUCCCAGCCAGCAGCCGGGAACGGCUGCAGGACCUGAAGUCUACAGUGGAUCUGCUGACCAGCAUUACUUUUUUCAGGAUGAAGGUUCAAGAGCUUCAGAGUCCACCCCGAGCCAGUCAGGUAGUGAAGGACUGUGUAAAAGCUUGCCUCAACUCCACAUAUGAGUACAUUUUCAACAACUGUCAUGAACUGUACAGUCGCGAGUACCAGACAGAUCCUAACAAAAGUCAGGAUCUUCCUCCUGAGGAACAGGGUCCCAGUAUCAGGAACUUGGAUUUCUGGCCCAAACUCAUCACUUUGAUAGUUUCCAUCAUAGAGGAGGACAAGAAUUCUUAUACCCCAGUACUGAAUCAGUUUCCUCAGGAGCUUGCUGUUGGUAAGAUCAGCGCAGAGGUGAUGUGGAGUCUUUUUGCCCAGGAUAUGAAAUAUGCCAUGGAAGAGCAUGAGAAACACAGACUGUGUAAGAGUGCAGACUAUAUGAAUUUACACUUCAAAGUGAAGUGGCUGUACAACGAAUAUGUUCGUGAUCUGCCUGCCUUCAAGGGAAAAGUGCCUGAAUAUCCAGCGUGGUUUGAGCAGUUUGUGAUGCAGUGGCUGGAUGAAAAUGAAGAUGUUUCCUUAGAGUUCCUGCAUGGUGCUCUGGAGAGAGAUAAGAAAGAUGGGUUCCAGCAAACAUCUGAGCACGCUCUAUUCUCUUGCUCAGUGGUGGAUGUCUUCACCCAACUAAAUCAGAGCUUUGAGAUCAUUAAGAAGUUGGAGUGCCCAGACCCUGUCAUUGUUGCUCAUUAUAACAGGAGGUUUGCUAAGACUAUUGGGAAAGUGCUGAUGCAGUAUGCUGACAUCCUCUCCAAGAGCUUCCAGUCCUACUGUUCCAAGGAGAAACUGCCCUGCAUCCUGAUGAAUAACAUCCAGCAGCUGAGAGUGCAGCUAGAGAAGAUGUUUGAAGCAAUGGGUGGUAAAGAGACUCAGGAAGCUGAAGAAAAGGCUGCUGAUUCUGAUCUGGAUGCAGAAGCAAGCGACCAUCUCAAAGAGCUCCAGGUGAAGCUGAACAACGUUUUGGAUGAACUGAGUGCAGUGUUUGGUAACAGCUUUCAGGCUCGUAUUGAUGAAUGUGUCAAGCAGAUGUCUGAUAUCCUCUGUCAAGUGAAAGGGACAGGAAAUGUUCCUGCAAAUGCCAGAAACACGGUUGCACAAGAUGCAGAUAAUGUCCUGAGGCCAUUAAUGGAUUUCCUGGAUGGAAACCUGACACUGUUUGCAACUGUGUGUGAAAAGACAGUGCUAAAACGGGUGCUGAAAGAGCUCUGGAGGGUGGUAAUGAAUACCAUGGAGAAGCUGAUUGUGCUGCCUCCUCUUACAGACCAUACGGGCACACAGUUGAUUUUCAGUGCUGCUAAAGAGCUGGGACACUUGUCAAAGUUGAAGGAUCAUAUGGUGAGAGAAGAAACCAGGAGCCUCACUCCCAAGCAGUGUGCUGUUUUGGAUCUAGCACUGGAUACUAUCAAACAAUAUUUCCAUGCUGGCGGGAAUGGGCUGAAGAAAACCUUCUUGGAGAAGAGUCCCGACCUGCAGUCACUUCGAUAUGCUCUUUCUCUCUACACUCAGACCACAGACACUCUCAUCAAAACUUUUGUCCAGACGCAGACAGCUCAGGUGCAUGAUGGGAAAGGUAUUAGGUUUACGGCUAACGAGGACGUUCUUCCUGAUAAGGCCUCUGGUGUGGAUGACCCUGUGGGUGAAGUGUCCAUACAGAUCGACCUGUAUACCCAUCCAGGAACUGGAGAACACAAGGUCACAGUGAAAGUUGUGGCAGCCAACGACCUGAAGUGGCAGACGUCUGGCAUGUUCCGUCCGUUCGUUGAAGUUACCAUGAUUGGGCCUCAUCAGAGUGACAAGAAGAGGAAGUUCACAACCAAGUCAAAGAGCAACAACUGGGCCCCCAAAUACAAUGAAACCUUUCACUUCAUUCUGGGGAACGAGGACGGCCCCGACGCCUACGAGCUCCAAGUGUGUGUGAAGGACUACUGCUUUGCUCGGGAGGAUCGGGUGCUGGGCAUAGCGGUGAUGCAGCUCAGAGACAUAGCAGACAAAGGAAGCUGUGCUUGCUGGUGUCCUCUUGGACGCAGGAUUCACAUGGAUGAGACCGGACUUACAGUCCUGAGGAUUCUUUCCCAAAGAACCAAUGAUGAGGUUGCAAAAGAAUUUGUGAAGUUAAAAUCUGAGUCCCGUUCCACUGAGGAGGGCACCUGAGCUGAGCUGUGUGAUCUUUCCUUUUCUCUUCUGCCUUGUGCCAAUAUGUGCAGGUGUUCAACAAUUCUCUUUUAUUAGUUACAAAAGGUUUUUUCAUGUUAUCUUUGUCAGCUCCGAUAGCGCACGUGUGCUGUAGAGGAAACAAAUCCAUCAAUCUGAUGUGAAUUAUUUAUUUUUUAGUAGCUGGUAAGACAAUGUAGAGAACAAGACAAUCUCUUCCUAUUUAAGAUGCAAAUUAUGCUUUGUGUAUAUAAAUUAUUUUAUAUUGCAGGCUGGGUAUGCUGGGUUUUGUUGAUAUGCAGCACUGUGAUUUUAUCCUCUGAAACUGGCAGAUGUUAAAAAGGUUCUACAUAAUCACACUACGAAACAAACUAACUGUAUGGAAAUUGGGCGAAGAGUGAUUUGGGGGUUUGGCAAAACACAGUUAUCUCACUGAAUUCACGUACUGUGGAGCUGCCAAAGGGUGUUCCUGCACAGAGUGCACUAGUAUUUCAAUGUGUCAUGCAGACACCUCGACGUCUGCUUAAAAAAAGUUGCAAAUUGCUAUGGAGAUGUACCCCAAAUGAACCUGCAGCUAAGGAUGUGCUGCUGUGAGCAUGAACAUGACCAAUGGAACAAGCGCAGAGGGCCUAAGAUCUCAUAGCCAAAAACUGCAAAGGCAACACCCAGGGAGCAGGCUGCAGCUGCCCUGCCAUGUAACUAGAUGCCGUGUUGCAGAGAAGAUGAAAUCCCUGCGUGCUGCUGGGAAUCCUGCAUCACCAUGUGGGUGCUGUAAGCCGCUGAGCUCCACGAGUCGCGCUUUGACUACCAUGACCAGCCCUGUAAGGAAGGGAACAUUACAGCCAUGACAAAUAAUACGGCUGCUACUUACUUUUUCCAUUUCAAUACUCUUUUUUUAGGGGGUUGCCCUGGUAUUGUUUGGUUGUGUUGUUUUUUUGUUUUGUUUUGUUUUGUUUUAUUUCUUUUUUAUAAUUAAAUACUUGCAAGUUUUCUGUAGCAUUUUGUUAACCCUGGAGGCCAUUCCUCCUUAUAAGCCCAGAAUAAUGGCUUGGAAGAGAACUGCACGUCUCCCCUCUGCAUGCACUCACUCUUUUGAGUGCAAGUGGAGGGGCAGCAGGUCCGUUUGGUUCUGAUCUUGAAGCUGCUGCUGGCCGUGCCAUGGUUGAUCCAUGCUGAUCAUCAUUAAUCUGUGAUUUAAUGAUACCAUUGAAGAUAUUUUUGCACUAUCUUGAAAAACCAUACUAGUUUUGUUUUCUUGCAAAAUAAAACAGUGUCCUGAGCAAAAUGAUUGCGGGGAUAUCAGAAUCUGAAAUUUUGUGAACAGGAGGCUCUGGAGUAACAAUUGUAACGAGGUAUGGUUUUUUUGAUUUUUUCUUCACUAAGGGGAUAUUUGCUAUUUCCAGCUGCCCUUGUACUGUGGAAGGUGCAGCUGGAACAAGCCAGUCCUUGUCCAUAAAGUACUGUAAUACUGUCAAUAAACUCAAGGACUGGCUAUUGAAUGACUUUUUUUUUUGUAUUUUCUUUUCUAUAUUGUCUGACACUUGUACAGCUGUAUGAUAUGACUACUGGGCUUGCUUGCAGAGUUGGGACCGCACCUGGCUUUGUUCGUAUCUGUGGUGUACUACAGUAGUGCUCUCCUAAACUUCACGCUCUUUGUCACAACUCUGAAUUGUUGUACGUGCCAUUGUUACGAGAACUCUUAGUACAGUCUUUAAUAAACUCUUUUAGCAGCAUCUGGAGUUGUCUGUUGAAGUAUAACUGUGAUUGGACUUGCCAAAUCAUGUAGGUUAGAAUCGCUACUGCAACUUUGCAAAUUACUCUCAUGUAGUUUGUAGGCUUUUCCUUAGUACUGUAGAACCCAGCACAGUGUGUGUCAGGUAAUUCCCUCUUACUCUGUGGUAGAGCACCUCUGUCUUUGAUGUCUUUUCCCAGAGUUCUUGGCUUCUGAUAGAGCACUGAGACAGAAAAACAUAGACAAUAACGUACUUCCUUUUGUUUGCCUGUCUUGCCUUUAAGUUUCCUUUGUAUUCAGGUAUUGCCUCCUGCUGGUGCUAAAUGGAAGCCUCGGGCAGGCAGUAGGGUACCUUACCAACAACACAUGAAGAGUAAUUGUAUACCAAAAUGGAUUGACAGUUUUCAGUUUGAUGAGCAUUAAUGCUAUGUAGAUGAUGUUGAUGAGAUGAAAGAAUAAACC